AUGGCCACUGAUGUUGGUUUACAGUCGAAAGAACACAGAAAUCUCCUCGACCUGAUUGACAAGCUUCGUGCCAAAGGGGUUGGGGAAUAUGUUGCUCUCCCUGAGAUAAUUGUGGCUGGAGACCAAUCCGCGGGCAAAAGCUCGGUGCUGGAAGCCAUUUCUGGUAUGUCUUUCCCGACAAAAGAUAACCUGUGUACGCGAUUUGCUACCGAACUUGUUCUGAGGCGAUCCUCCAAUGUUGGUGUGAGGAUCUCCAUUAUUCCUGCUGCAAAUCGGCCAUCGCAUGAGCAAGAUAUGUUGAAGCAGUUCAGCCCAGAUGUGAACCAUAGCAACCCAGAGCUCUCCGAGGUUGUUGAACGUGCCAAGCAGGCCAUGGGUAUCAACCCGAAAUCCAAAGCAUUUAGUGACGAUAUAUUGCGGGUUGAAAUUUCUGGACCGGGACAACCUCAUCUGACAAUGGUUGAUCUUCCUGGCCUUUUCAAGGCUGGAAACGCUAGUCAAUCUGUCAAGGAUGCCCAAAUUGUGGAUCAAAUGGUGCUUCGAUACAUGAAGAGGCCCAAGAAGCAUAAUUCUUGCGGUUACCCCCAGCGCAAGCGCACAUUAGGCCUCAUCACCAAACCGGACACACUAGAUGAGGGAUCAGAAAGCGAGUCUUCAUAUAUGCGUCUCGCGCAGAACAAGGACGUGAAAUUUAAGCUUGGGUGGCACGUACUAAAGAACCGCGAUUACAAGAUGACACGGGACAAAGCAACUUGUCAGGAACGGGACCUGGCGGAAGCUGAGUUCUUCUCCAAACCUCCCUGGAAUAUGCUGCCGCCAUCAACUGUCGGAGCCAGCUCUCUUAAAACACGUCUCAGUCAGCUUUUGAAAGAUCAAAUUUUAUUGCAACUGCCAGACUUGAUCAAGGAAGUCGAGAAUGGAAUGCAAGACACUAAGGAUCAGCUGGAGAAACUCGGACCUCGACGAGAGAAUACGCCCGAGCAACGGCAGUAUCUCAUCCAGAUAAGCCAAGCCUUUUCCGAGCUCAUUAAAGCAGCAGUCGAUGGUUUCUAUAAUGACCCCUUUUUUGGUAGCGCAAAGGAUGACGAAGGGUACCACAAGCGACUGCGAGCCGUGAUUCAAGAGAUAUUGACCGAUUUUAAAGACGUCAUGAAUGACAAAGGGUGCCGCAAAAAGAUUAUCGAUGACCCGGACGAUGACGAUCCUAAAGAACAGCGUUUGAGUAAAUUUGAAAUAUUUCGGUCCAAAUACACCGAAAAAGUCCAGAACCUCAUGGAUCGGAACCGUGGUUGUGAGCUACCAGGAACAUUCAACCCUAUGAUUGUUGGCGAACUAUUUUUCGAUCAGUGCAAACCCUGGCAGGGCAUUACUGACCUUCUUUUGGAAGAAGUGAUGAGGGCGGUGUGUCACGUCUGUCAUGAAAUCAUCCAACAUGUAGCUGUUGAGAAUACAGCGGCAAAGCUCUGCGGGCUCCUUAGUACCUACAUCGAGGGUCUUCGGAAACAAUUGAAAGUGUCACUUGAAUUGCUACUUCAGCCAUACCAAAAGAUACACCCAAUUACGUACAAUGAGUCGCUUACGGAAAACGUACAAAAGGCGCAAGCUGAAAGGCGCCGUCGAAAAGUCGAGGCUAACAUUAAAGAAGCAUAUCCGUCCAAUGAAGUGAGAGGAACUUGCAAGACAAUUUUGUACCUGCUUACAGUUGACGUGGACGUCGACAUAAAAUCAUAUGCCAGCUCAUUAGCCGUGGAUUAUCUCGAGGCAUAUUACAAUGUAUCCUUGAAGAAAUUUAUCGACGAUGUUAGCACGCUUGGAGUAGAGUGUUCGCUGAUGCAGAAACUUCGAAUCGUUUUUGAGCCACAGCAUAUUUACAAGAUGAGCGACGUCGAGAUACAAAACCUUGCCACGGAGAACCCUUUGGCCACGGCGGAACGGCAACGAUUGAAGAAAAAAUUAAAUACGCUUGACGGCUGCCUAUAUGAUCUUAAGCAGCAGGAUCAUUUACGUCCAGAAGAAAAUGAAGCCAGGUCGUUUCGAGACUUGACGAGCACAUUCAUCAAGCGAGAGCGAUUUCGUGAAUGA